CUUGACCGCGCACACGGUCAGUUUUCAGAAACUGACAACAAAUUGCCAUCAAGCGGACAUUGCGAAGGAACCAGGUACCAAAUUCGGACCUCACUCAAACAAGGAUGCAGUAUUGGGAUCUCUAGGAUGAACACGACAAAAUGACAAUCACAUCGAUUAACCGGCUCGUAACAGAGCGUCGCUUUCCUACACCUCCCCCAGACAGCCAGCCGCAGUCGAAUCCACGAGUCUAUCCCGCUCCAGACUUUCCUUUUAGAGGAUGGCAGCCUCCGAAAGAAGAUGGUUAUCGACAAAGCGCAGCCACUCCAUCUGAGAGCGCAAUAGUCAUUGACAAUGGAGCUAGCACCAUCAAGGCCGGAUUCUCUUUUGACAAGAGCCCUCGGUUCCUCGUACCCCCGAUCAUGGCGAAAUUCAAAGAUCGAAAGUUCAACAAGUACUGCGCCUUUGUCGGCUACGAUGCUUACGCCGAUGCCACGACUCGUGGCCAAAUAAGGACGGCUUUCGAGCAAAAUACCAGCAUUCCGACGAAUUGGGAUAUCUUAGAAGGGGUAUACGACUACAUUUUUCUCAAAUUGGGGGUGGACGGAGAAGGUACUGUGGGUAGACCGCUGGUCAUCACGGAGCCUGUCGCAAACCUGGGCCACAGCAGAAGAAUGAUGAACGAAAUGCUGUUUGAAUGCUACAAUGCGCCGAGUGUCACGUACGGAAUCGACAGUCUGUUCUCCUACCGCCAAAACAAGGGCGAAUCUGGGCUCGUCGUGUCUUCAUCUCAUACAUCGACCCACAUCAUUCCAGUGUUGAAUCGGAAGCCCCAGAUGCAAAUGUGCACGAGGUUGAAUUGGGGAGGCUCCCAGGCUCAAGAGUACCUGUUGAAGCUCAUCCGCCUGAAGUAUCCGACCUUUCCUGGGAAGCUGAGCUUGGAGCAGAUGGAGUCAUACAUCAAGCAAUAUUGUUAUCUCUCCACUGAUUUCCCGACCGAGCUGUCCACCUAUCUAGAUUGGACUGGUCUGGAAGAGAAGCGAGAUAUUAUAAUCCAGUACCCCUUCACAGAACAGGUUGUGGUCGAGAAAUCGGCCGAAGAGCUCGCCAGAAUAGCGGAGCGCAAAAAGGAAUCCGGUCGACGGCUCCAGGAGCAAGCCGCGAAGAUGCGGCUGGAGAAGCUCAUUAAAAAAGAGCAAGAAUUGGAAUACUAUCAGAAACUGCACAACUCUUACGUGAACGCACCGACCAAAAAGGAACAGCGCCGAAUCUUGGAUGACCAAGAGCUCAAAGACGAAGCUGCAUUGGAGAGGAUCAUUCGUGACCUGGAUAAAUCAAUCAAGAAAUCCAGAAACAAGGAGCUGGGAGCUCCCGAAGAAGAAGAAAACUUGGAAGAGCAGCUAAAUAGAUUCCCUCUUCUCGAUGUCCCGGAUGAUCAGCUGGAUGAGGACGGCAUCAAGGAGAAGCGGCAUCAGAGACUUAUGAGAUCGGGCGUCGAAGCAAGAAUAAGGGCCAAAGCGGAAAAAGAGCGCGAGAGAGCGCGUGUGGCAGAAGAGGAAAGAAAAGACCGCGAAAUGCGUGAAAAUCACUUUAAUGAAUGGCUUGCGGCUCGUCGACAACAACGCCAUGCACUGCUGGCGAAAAUCAAAGAGCAGGCAAGGCAAAAGGCAGAUUCCAGCAAUCGCAAAGGCAUUGCUUCGCAAAUGCGUAUGAAGACGUUGGCGAAUCUCGCUUCAGAUGGACCGAAACGGAAGCGCAGAGGCGGAGGCGAUUAUGAUGAUGACUUUGGAGCCAACGACGACGACUGGGGCGUUUACCGCACCGUGGCUACUGAACCCGCCAGCGACGACGAGGAGCCUGAGGAAGACCCGCUCACCGCAUUGAAGGCCCUCGAGAGCGAACUUCUGCAAUUUGAUCCAGAAUUCUCGGAAAAGGACACAAUUGAAGCACAGAACGACUGGACCAAGAGCGUUCUGCAUGCCUUCUUGCGAGGAGCGAGGCCAGCGGAUCCGGAAAGCCAGCGAGAGGCGAACCAGAUCCAUCUCAACGUCGAGCGCAUCCGAGUUCCUGAAGUGGUAUUCCAGCCCGCGAUUGCUGGCCUGGAUCAGGCCGGUCUAAUUGAAAUUAUUGAGGGCAUCGUCAUGAGUCGUUUCUCAAACUUUGACCAACAACAAGCGCUCUUGAAAGAUGUCUUUCUGACCGGCGGAAACACCAUGUUUCCCACGUUCGAGGAACGACUCAGGCAAGAACUGAUUGCAGCAUUGCCGUGUGAUUUUACAAUCAACGUCCGCAAGGCAAAUGACCCGAUCCUUGAUGCCUGGAAAGGAGCAGCUUCCUGGUGGAGUACCUCGGAUGGGAUCGAGCGUGAGUCGGCCACCGUUACGCAUGCGGAGUACAUGGAGAAGGGAAGUGAUUACAUCAAGGAGCAUGACUUGGGCAAUUUCGUGGCCCCCUCUUUCACGUUCGGAGGUUGAAAAUCGUCUGUCCGGCGCUCGUUGCUGUUGCAGAGCAGCUCUCGCGUGAUGUCGAUCCUCGAUCCUCGAGCAUUCCUCCUGAAAUCAAAAUUUUGAGAUGAGAAUAGCCAACCCCGCCUCCUAACGGCCACAAAAGAGUAUACUCGCUUCACACGCGCAGUGGUGCAACCAGAUCUCGCCUCUGCGGUUGAGGUGUUCUUUCGGACCCCCGACAUGAAUGACUGGGAAUAACAGGGGGCAACAAUUGCCUCGCCGCGCUUGAUAUGCAAAAUUAGCCAACAACUACCAUGUUUCUCUGCCAGCAAGCUGUGGGACAAGAAUCGAGAAGGCUCAGAGCUCAUUCAGCCUCGUCACGAUGUGCCUGGCUGUCUCCUCAUCCUAGGUUUUGGUUGCAAUGUGGCGAAGCCCGGAGCUGAUCCUUGUUGCACAACAUGAGGAUUCUGGCCAUGACAGAACAAUGUCGGAAACAUCAACCGGUCCACUAUGUGACUAUUUUGCGGAGUACAUCUUCCUCUUCGACGGACUGUUACAUGGCCGCGGUCGAUGUUAGUCAUUAGCUCGGCAUGCAUUCUGUUUAUCGACAUGAUCGUCGCUCAGCAUCAGGUCUUCCUGAUCGUCGCGAAUCUGCCGAUCCCAGAAACGUCAUGAAACAACGCUGGCAGGGGCGACAGCUGGCAGGGGAUGGUCCUUACGACGCUAACGGUGCGGUAACGUGACACGCCACUCCCUCGAUGAAUUGCCUUAUAACCGAGCCACUCAGUUGCCUCUACGAGGUAUUCCAUUUUGGGGAAUUUGUGCAUGGCUUACUAAGAUCUUACAUGAAUAAUAUGGCAAGCUUGUUAUUCCGUUGCACAAGUCUGAGGCAAGGCUUCGGAAGCCGGAUCGACAGAACCAACUUCCAGGCAUGUCCUGUUUGAAGAGACACGCUAUUCUUAUCGCCGAACUGCACAAGGCCUUGUGAGCCCGAGGCUGCAGGCCCCAUUCGGAAAUCUGUAGUCCUGAACUUUGCAAGGUUGUCGGCACAGCAAUACGCAGAUAGUUGAGGCCCUUGCAAAGCUUGUGCAAGAUCGCUCCCCUUUGCAAGACAUACUCGUACCCAUCAUCUCGUAGUCAUGGUUUACGUCAAACCUGUCCUACUCGUAUGCUCCUAUGC